AUGGGAGAUUUGUCUACGUUCGUGAUGAAACCUAAAGGCGGCAAGCCAUCUACGUUUAGUUGUCCGAUGCUAAACUCUGCUAACUAUACAGUAUGGGCAAUAAGGAUUAAAGUUCUGCUCAAACUGCAUAACACACUCAUACUGCUGGUAGGAGAAUUGGACACGGCUAAGAAGCUUUGGAAAGCAAUAAAGUCGAGGCAUGUUGGGGCAGACAGAGUUCGUGAGGCUCGUCUACAAACUCUUAUGGCUGAGUUUGAUAGACUACGAAUGAAAGAUGAAGAGAAAGUUGAUGAUCUAGCGGGAAGGAUAUCAGAAAUUUCGUCUAAGUCAACCGCUCUUGGAGAGAGCAUUGAAGAGACUAAGUUGGUUAAGAAGUUUCUCUCCAGCCUUCCUCGCAGCAAGUACAUUCAUAUUGUGGCUUUGUUGGAACAGGUUCUUGACCUAAAGUCUACAAGCUUUGAGGAGAUAGUAGGACGCAUCAAAGCAUUCGAGGAACGUGUUGCUCUGGAGGAUGAUGAGCCACAAGACAAUCAAAAGCUCAUGUAUGCAAAUUCGGACUCUCACUCUGUCUCAAACCACGACUCCAAUGGAUCUUAUCGCGGUAGGGGGCGUGUAGGAAGAUACUAUAACAGAGGCAGAGGAAGAGGACGAUAUAGUGAACGGUACAAUGACAGAUACAAUGAUCGAUAUUACGGUGAGGUUGAUUUGUCUAAAAUCACAUGUUUUAGGUGCGAUAAGAAUGGACACUAUGCAUCAUGCUCUGAUCGCUUAUUGAAGCUACAAGAGGCCACAGAGACUAAAGAAAAGGAGGAUGAUACGACUGAAGCCGAAGAACUGAUGAUGAAUGAGGUUGUGUAUUUGAAUGAGAAAAACAUCAAUCCACAAGAUUUUGAGAUAAUCUCUGAGAAUGUUUGGUACUUGGAUAAUGGGGCUAGUAACCAUAUGACUGAGAAUAGGAGCUAUUUUAAGACAAUCAAUGAGUCAAUAACAGGAAAGGUACGCUUUGGAGACGAUUCACGCAUUGACAUCAAAGGAAAAGGGUAUAUUCUCUUCUGUAGCAAAGAUGGAGCAAAGAGAAUCAUAGCUGAUGUCUACUACAUACCAAAGUUAUAA